CACAUCAUGAUCUCAGCAUGGCGCGAUGCUGCUUCCCGCAGAGCACAGUGCCUGAAGGUGCUUCUUGUCCACGCGUCUCUGCAGGGGGCUCCUGGCUCCUCCCUGCAGCUCCUCCCCUGCGCUGUGCCUCCUGCAAGGGGCCUGGCUAGGGAUGCGAUGCGUCUCCCUGCCCAUGAGCCUAUCUCCCCCUUCCCAGCUUGCCCAGCGAUCCCGUAUCCUUUAGGACGUGGGGGUCCCCCUUCUCUCUCAAGUAGCUACAUCUUUUAUUUUAGGGUCCUUACACAGCCCUCCUGAUGAAAAGGCAGCUCGUGUUUCCAGAGUCUCAAUAAACCCGGGCUGGCAGCCUCUGGAAACACUGCAAUGCAGCGUGGGCCCAAGCUUGUGCAUGUGGCAACAGGCAGUGGGAAGGUCUCGGGCUCCCCUUCCCGGCCAUACGCACACCAGGACUUGUGGUGUGCGGGGGAGCAAUGGACCGGGGCCUCCUCGCUGUAACCUGCAGGCGGUGGCGUCAUGGUUGUGGCCCGGCAGCCGGGGAGCAGCGCUGCGGGCCUCCAGCGAAGGGGAAUGAUGGAAGAUGCUUCGCAGCCUGGCCACAGUAAUUGCCUUUUCUUCUCUGCUCCACUGCUGGGUCAGGGAAGGGACUCUGGCCUGCCUGCCAUCUGAAGCUGAAGGCGACUCAGCGCUGCUGCCUCCGCUGCCGCUUCUUGCUCCCUGACAAGCUUGGACAGACCUUCUGACUGUGAAACACAGCCUGCACUCCCACUGCACCCACCAUGGAGGCCAGUAAGAAGGUGGAUUCGACCAGCCCGCUACAGACCAACCCACCACUGAAGCUGCCGCCCAGCGCUGGGGUGGCUGUGCUGGUCCCUGAGCUGGGUGGCUACAAGGAGAGGUUUGUGAAGGCUGUGGAGGACAAAUACAAGUGCGAGAAGUGCCGCCUGGUGCUCUGCGACCCCAAGCAGACCGAGUGUGGGCACCGCUUCUGCGACAGCUGCAUGGCUGCUCUGCUCAGUGCCGCCAGUCCGAAGUGCACCGCGUGCCAGGAAGGCAUCGUCAAAGACAAGGUGUUCAAGGACAAUUGCUGCCGGAGGGAGAUCCUGGCCCUUCACAUCCACUGCCGGAACGAGGCCCGUGGCUGUGUGGAACAGUUAACAUUGGGACAGCUGCUGGUGCACCUGAAGAAUGACUGUCAGUUUGAGGAGCUGGCAUGCGUGCGUGCCGACUGCAAGGAGAAGGUGCUGCGGAAAGACCUGCGGGACCACGUGGGCCGCACCUGCGAGUACCGCGAGGCCACAUGCACUCACUGCAAAAGCCAGGUUCCCCGCAUCAAGCUGCAGAAGCAUGAAGACACCGAGUGCCCCUGCGUGGUGGUGUCCUGUCCACAUAAGUGCAGUGUGCAAGCCCUGCUUCGGAGCGAGUUGAGUGCGCACUUGUCAGAGUGUGUCAAUGCCCCGAGCACCUGUAGUUUUAAGCGCUAUGGCUGCCUUUUCCAGGGAACUAACCAGCAGAUCAAGGCCCACGAGGCCAGCUCGGCUGUGCAGCAUGUCAACCUGCUCAAGGAGUGGAGCAGCUCUCUGGAGAAAAAGGUGUCCCUGCUGCAGAACGAGAGUGUGGAGAAGAACAAGAGCAUCCAGAGUCUGCACAAUCAGAUCUGCAGCUUCGAGAUCGAGAUUGAGAGACAAAAGGAGAUGCUUCGAAAUAAUGAGUCCAAGAUUUUGCAUCUCCAGCGAGUGAUCGACAGCCAGGCCGAGAAGCUGAAAGAGCUGGACAAAGAGAUCCGGCCCUUCCGGCAGAGCUGGGAGGAGGCAGACAGCAUGAAGAGCAGCGUGGAGUCUCUUCAGAAUCGAGUCACUGAGCUCGAGAGCGUGGACAAGAGCGCAGGCCAGGCAGCCAGGAACACAGGCCUGCUAGAGUCCCAGCUGAGCCGGCACGACCAGAUGCUGAGUGUCCACGACAUCCGCCUGGCCGACAUGGACCUGCGCUUCCAGGUGCUGGAGACCGCCAGCUACAACGGCGUGCUCAUCUGGAAGAUUCGGGACUACAAGCGGCGGAAGCAGGAGGCCGUGAUGGGCAAGACGCUGUCAUUGUACAGCCAGCCCUUCUACACUGGCUACUUCGGGUACAAGAUGUGCGCCAGGGUCUACCUCAACGGGGACGGCAUGGGCAAGGGCACGCACCUGUCGCUCUUCUUUGUCAUCAUGCGCGGGGAGUAUGAUGCCCUCCUGCCCUGGCCCUUCAAGCAGAAGGUAACACUCAUGCUGAUGGACCAGGGCUCCUCACGGCGGCACUUAGGCGAUGCCUUCAAGCCAGACCCCAACAGCAGCAGCUUCAAGAAGCCCACCGGGGAAAUGAACAUCGCCUCUGGCUGCCCCGUCUUCGUGGCCCAGACUGUCCUCGAAAACGGGACGUACAUCAAAGAUGACACCAUCUUCAUCAAGGUCAUAGUGGAUACUUCGGACCUGCCCGACCCCUGACCCACGCCCCCCGGGGAGGUAGAUGGAGCAGAAGGCUACUCCUCUGGGGGGGUUUGAACGGGCGUCUCCACCCAGGUCUUGCGCGCGGAAACGGGCCUUGUGGAGUGGCAGAAGCAGUGGAGGUGGCCGGGGCAGCGGGAGGAGCCCACGGAGGAGGCGGCCGCACGUUCCCACAGACUCGCAGCACCUCACUCAGAAGACUGACCGCAGGCCAGAUCCGCACCGUCAGAGGCUUCCAUUUCCAUUGUUCACGCUCUAGUUAAUCGAGGUUGGAAAACAUUUAUGCUAAACUCAAGAACCUGAUUGAUCUUCCUUAAACUUGACCACCAAAAAGAACAUGUGCGCUCACGCACUCGCACAUACACACGCACAUACACCCCGGGGUAGCUGGACAUGUCAGCAUGUUACAUACAAGAAGUUAUGAAAUAAUAAUGCAAUUCUGGUAUAUUCCUUCUAAACUUCAAGAGUGCAAUCUUGUUUCAAAUAUAGUCUAUUGUCUAUUUUUAAGGCCUCAUCUCGGUCUCUCUGUUUUCAAUGAUUUGUUUGUCAGAAGACCCCCGAGGCCGCCCUCGGUCUUUCUGGAAAGUCUAAAUUCAGAAUCAUGUUUAAUUUAAAGCUCCACAGAUGACGUUCCUGCAGACACUGUACUUUGCACCGGGAUAGACUGAAGGGGGAGGAAGCUGUCCGCUGGCCAUGCUGGGCAAGGCCGCCGAGUGUUAUUUCUCGUUAGAAAUGUCCCUGGGCCGAGACCUUCAGUGACGCUACUUCAAACUACCAUGGAAGGAGGUUCGCUCUGGAUGCUGUGCAUCAUUUUCAGAUCUAUAAUUGUGUUCACCCUAAAAUAGGGCAUUCGUUGAACUCUGGAGUUCUCCACAAAAACGCUGUCGGUCUUGAAGUCCUGCCCCGUGUGUCCCGACGAGCUGUCCCGGCCGGCGGGCGGAGCCAUGGCAUGGGUCCAUGUGCCUUAGACGGGGCGUGCUGCUCUGGCCGCAGCACGCCGGGAAGUGCUCGCUUGACCCGCCGUGUCCGACCGCCAGCUCUGUCUCCCCAAGGGCCCCGCUCUGGAGAGUGGGGUCCCUUCCCCGCCCCACCUCCCCGCUUCCGGAGCUUCCUGGCCACCCAGUCCCCAAGGCAGGUGCGGUGGCAGCGACACCGCCACACGCCACACCCACAAGCGCCAAGUCGAGCCCUCUGAACCCUCAGGAGGCCGCCGCGCAGUGUCCGCCCAGCGCCCGCUUCACUGUCCUACCCCUCCCAGGGUCCAACUGUGACCGGAGCUGGAGCCCAGGCCUCGCUCUGCGCUGUGCUAGGUGCUCUUUCCAUGGGUGCUAUGUGACGGUGCUUCCCGGGCCACUCCCCACACUGCCCGCCCGCCUCUGGGCUCCCGGGCUGAGCGGGGACAGCGGGCUGGUGCCCUGUGUGUCCUGGUGCUGCCCUGGGAGUGCCUUCACCCCAGUGCCUGCUGGAAACGCCCGCCGUCCAGGCUUCCCCGAGGGCCCCGGGGCCUCCUACGCCCCCCCACGCUCACGUGCCCCCCUUGUCUCUGUCCCCAGAGCUGUGGGGUGACAGGCCAGCACACACUCGGCUCUGCACAGCCAGGACCCUUCGGCUGCACCCCCAAAAAGGCAGGCACUGGAGGAGCCCAGCCUGGGUCCAUGGGACUAGGCUUCAGGGGCUGCACUGCCUGUGGCUCUGCCCAGCCCUGAGGGGCACCUCCUGUGCUAGUGGGGCGCCUGGGAUCCCUGGUGCCCACUAUUGGUGCUCUCCCACCCACCAGCCCACUUUUGGUGGCACCCCCAGGCAGAGCUCCCCCGAGAAGAGGGAAAUGCCCCCCAUGGCUGAAGGGCCCCACCCUGCCAUAUCCUCCAGAGAGAAGGGGGCACUGGUGGGCUCAACUGGUGGUCUUUGGGUGAUCAGAACCAGCUUUCUGGAUCUAUUUUGGGGAGCUCCACCGGGCUCAGAGGAGACAGUGUGUCAGCAUGUGGCCAGCAGAGCACCGCCACAGCCCUACGCACACACCUGCUGUGCCCUCCUCCCCUCCACCCUGCAACUCCCAGGCAAGGCCCCAGAAGUGGGGCACCCAAGCCCCCACCUGCACCCACCGCACCUGAAGCCCCUGCAGCUGGGCAGGGGCCAGAGCAGCGGGGUCCUAGCUCAUUGGCCGCCAAGCUGAGGGUGCAAGAGAAGCAGUCCCACCCCACUUCGGCCCCCCAGCUGGUGGCCUUGCUGCAGCCACGCCGACACCUGCUCCUGCACCUGCCCUCUGGUUGGUCCCCAGCUCCAGGGCCGAUGCCUGGUGCUCAGGAGCUGGAGUGCAGCCCACAGUGAGCUUGAGGUGCCCACUGCAGGGCCAGUGUGCGAGGAGGGGCCACACCCUCAGCUGCUCCCUCCCUUCGGCAGGUUCCAAGGUUCCUGGUUAGUCCAAAGGGGAGCUUUUCGGCAGAGGAGUGAGUGUGAGGGUGCAGCCAGCACCCCCACCACCACCCCCUGUGCUUCCUCCUCAGCCCUUCCACACCUGCAAGCCCCAGCCGGUUCUCGAUCCCGGCAUCAGUGAGAGGAAGCGUGUGGGUCCCCUGGGCCAGCUGUCCACAUUUCUAGAACCACGUCUUCUCUCCGCUCAGUGUCACCCUAACAGACCAAAGACUGAGUCUGCUGGGCCAGCCGCCAAGACUGGCCAGGAGUGGUGGCCAGAGACCUCCCUCUGCUCCCCAGAACCCUGACCUUGCACCCUUUCUCGGCGGGGCCCCACGGGGCUUCCUCAUAGCAUUAUGAUGUUGUACUUUUGUUCACUGUGUGGUUUCAUUUGGUAUUUAUUUGCGUCCAAGGUCUUGAAAUGUCUGUGUGUCUCUGCUAUUAACUGAAGUUUGUAAGAGUAGAAUAUUCCAGCUCAAAUGCCCGACUGUGUAGGAAAAUAAAUUUGCUAAGGAC